AUGAAACGAGGACCGUACAAAUUGUAUUUGCAGGGUGACAGUGAUGGUGUUAUGCCUGAUUCUACAUUUUAUCGGAAAUUGAGACGAUUGAAAAAUGAUAAUUUAUAUGAUACAAAUAAACUUUUAAAUAAAGAAGAUAUGAAAGAACAAAAUAUUACAAGUGCAAUACCAGAUGCAGAAACUACUGAUAGUCAAAAUUCAUUAAUUAUGGAAUCUAUAAAUAAUGAAGAUGGAUUAUUAUCGGAUUAUCAAGAAAACAACGGAGUGGAAAAUGUGUACCAAAAUUCAUGGCUUUAUGAUGAAUAUGACGAACAAACUUUGGAACAAGAAAUCUGGUUUGACGCUGAAGAUUCGCCGCCAGUUGGAGAUUUAAAUUCAAUUUAUAAUUAUGAUGCUCAUCAAGAUGAACAUAAUGAGUCUGACAACGGUGAUGAUUAUCGCAAGCCAUUAUGUAAUUGUACAACUGUAACGCGAGGGGAAGCCUUACUGAUGACACUUCUGUUAGGAGCAGAACAUUCUCUCACAUGGAAGACUAUUACGGCGAUUCUAUCAUUGAUAAAUACGUUAUUGGGUGAAGAAGUAGUGCCAGCUUCAAAAUUUAAAUUAUUCAAGUUAUUGAACUUGAACGAAAACAUUCUUACGUAUCAUUUAUUCUGUAAAGAAUGUUUACAUUAUUUCGGUGUUCAAAAUAAAUUAGACAAAAAAAACUUGAUAUGUGAAAUUUGCAAAAAUAACGAAAAUUCGUCAGAUAUUUCUUAUUUUUUGACUCUUGAUGCCUCACUACAAUUGAAAAAAAUAUUAGAAGAUGUAGAAAUUGCUGGUUCAUUAAUUGUAAGAUAUGUCGCAUUAUAUCAAGAAUAUUUUGGAAAAGGAGCGAUGAUCUACAAUAUUCAUUUGUUGUUACAUUUGAAAAGAAGUGUUCUAAAUUUAGGCCCAUUGCGUUAUCACAACACAUUCAUUUUUGAAAAUGAAAAUCACUUUCUUCUCAAAUUGCAAAAAAGUCCUAAAAACAUUGAUAUUCAAAUCGCAAGGAGAUAUUUAUUUCAAAAGUCAUUGUCGUCACUCCAAAAUAAAAUUGAGUUGAGUGACGGUUUUGUCAAAUUUUGUGAAAGAAAUUUAACUGGACAACUGAAAAAUGCUUUCAAAGUGGAUAGUUGCACGUUAAUUGGAAAAGGCAAAAAUUACAAAUUAAAUGAUACUGAACGAAAGCUAUUGAACUUAUCGGACAACUAUGAAGUAAUUGAAAAAUUUGAAAGCGGUAGAAAUAAAAUGUGA